GACUGCGGCAAGGCUUCCCGGUCGUGGGCGAUAGCCAACGAUCAGGAUGCUGGCCGCCGUUCGUGUAUAAGCCUAAGCUCCAGUUCCUCCAUUUGAAGCCGCCUUGGAUCGGGCCUGGGAGUUUCGAUGGAAAAAUCUUUCGUCGCUGUAACUCUGUUCCGGUCUCUGAUCAACUGAUGUCUCUUUGGAAAGCCACGAUGGAAGAUGUCAUGGAAGGCUCGACUGUCGGUCCGUUCGGAUCCGAAGCUGAUGUCGCAGAUUUCUCGGGAUGCUCUUAUUGGAUCCCUACUCAGAGACUCGAGGUCGUUCAGAAGAAUACGGUUCGUGGUUGCGAUAGCGCGACUUCGAACUUGAUCAACAAGACAACCGCGAUCACGGAGAAGCUGAGAAGCUCCAGCUCACCUCGGCGGACUUGGAUAUCGCAGUUCUGCGUGAGCUGCGUGCCCGGUGUGGCGGCGGUCAUUGUCGGGUACUUUGUUAUGAUCGGGCAUUCCUUCGGUCUGGUCGCCGCCGUUUACAACUACAACUGCCGCUCGGCCAUGAUCAACGACGUCUUCGUCCAGAUCUUCGAGAUGGUCGCUUUCAACUUCUAUGACGAUAAGUAUGGUUUCGAGACAGACUUGACGGCUCCGCCGGCUAAGUUCGCAAACGAAACGAUCCACGCUCUCUUUGAUGAGAAGAAGUUGCAGCUCUCACGCAGCCCGGUGAUCUUAGGUGUGACGUUCAACCUCGAGGCCUUAGUCUUGGGGAUCAAGGAUCAGAGGCAGCAGGAGCUCCUUGAGACGAUCGACUCCGUUCGAGGUUGGACGAGCGUUCUUCCGCCCCUUUCGGAGUGCCAGUCUAUGAAGGAUCUGCGCAGCGAUCACAUGGAGGUCAAUCCGGCGAUCGCGAGAUCCCCCCGCUUCUGGAGGAGACUUAUUCAGCUCGGCCCUCCCCGAGAGAUCUCUCUUCGCGCUCCGAAAAGCUCAGACUUGGUGAUCUUCACGGAUGGCUUCACUCCGGAUCGCAGGAAAGAGGAAGCAGGGCCUGAUCGAAUAGGCGCCGUCGUGUUGGAUCGUCGUGCCCCAGCUCCCAAGCAGUUCUCCGGAAUCAUCCCAUCUGAGAUCUCGGAGAAAUGGCUGAAGAGGAAGACACAGAUCGUCCCGAUCGAGAUGAUUGCACCGAUCUUGGUUCUAGAGACUUUUCGUGAUCACCUUAGAGACAGGAUGUUCUUCUUUUGA